AUCACUAGCCGCAUUUGAACUUGUAGUGCCUCGGGGUACGAAUUCCAGAUUAUUGAUAUGAUGACACUACCCCGCACAUAUCUUACGGGCAGGUCGAACUGCCACUGGGUGGGGUUAAAAUACCGAUCACUACCAGCUCUCCAGAGAAUAAGUAGCCACGUCCUCCCUGUUUAUCGUGAAGAGAAUGCAUAUUACUAUAUAACAAAGAGAUUGCACUCGGCUCGCUAUCAAAGCACCUGCCCGCAGGGAAAUCAUUACACGCUUUCAUUUACAAAAUCAAAUUCAUUAUGCCAGAUUGGAGAAUCUACCACCCGGCUGGGACAUUCACCGACCCCGGUCAUAAAGAGGAACUCUCAGAGGCGAUUACAUCAAUCUAUACACGUGCCGGACUGCCAGCAUUCUAUGUUGUUGUUUUAUUCAUAGAGAUGCCUGCCGGCACUAUGUACCGAGCCGGAGUCUCCUGUUCGGCGAACGGGGUAAAGCCCUUUGUUAGGCUCACAUUUAGCCAUAUUGCGAGGCACUUUCCUCCUGGCGAGAGUCCGGAGAGGACUCGCUUUAUGAAUACUGUUCACGAGACCUUAAAGCCGCAUAUUGCAGACAAAGGUUACAAUUGGGAGGUCAAUGGCGAGGAGCUAGAGCGGGAAUUUAUGCAUAUAAAUGGCUUUAGGAUUCCCCCAACUAGCUCUGAGGAUGAGAAGAGGUGGUUCCGUGACAACGAGCCAUCUCCUUGGGGGCCUUAUCUCACAAACUAGCUUGCGGCUGGUCAAGCAAAUGCCUACCUGGUCACGGAAGUUUGGGCAGAACGCAGCUUUCGG